CUCUCUCUCUCUCCAUGUAGAAACUGAAACUUUGCCGAGUAAAAGAGAUCACAAACGCACGAAGCAGCACAUGGGCCUUAGGUGAAAACAACUAGAGUAUGUCAUUCACAACUAACCACCUGCUCUACUCUUGACUGUGUCUUCUUCUGCUCCUACUAGUCCUUCGGUACUAGGAUCUGCAUGCCUCCAAGCAACCAUUAUAUAGAGCCAACCUCAAAGCCUACUCUACUAAAACCAAACUAACCAAAGCUAGCUAGCACUGAUCGGAAGGCUAGCUGCAACCAUGGCCUUGUUCUUAGCUUUCUACUUGCUCAUGCUCAAGAACAUGCCAACGGCUUUAUCAGAUACCUCAAGCUACUCUAAUGAAGCAUGCCUUGAUGGUGGCAACUUUGAGCUGCAAUUUGGCUUGUACCAAGAUAGCUGCCCGCAGGCAGAACCCAUCAUCUUCUCAUGGGUGGCGAAGGCGGUUUCUGACGAUCCGAGGAUGGCAGCUUCGCUACUUCGUCUCCAUUUCCAUGACUGCUUUGUCAAUGCAAGUUAUAUUACCCGUUUCUGUUCUAUGUUCUUAACUGCUCUUAACCGUUAUGAUGUGAGUUGUAAGCUUAAUUUGCAGGGAUGUGAUGCUUCAGUGUUACUAGAUGACACGCGGAGUUUCGUCGGAGAAAAAACUGCUGCACCAAACUUGAACUCCCUGCGAGGGUUUGAAGUCAUCGAUGCAAUAAAAUCUGCUCUUGAAUCUGUUUGCCCCGAGACAGUAUCUUGUGCUGAUAUUCUUGCCAUUGCAGCCAGAGACUCGGUUGUCCUUUCAGGAGGCCCAAGCUGGGAAGUCCAGACGGGAAGGAGGGACAGCCUAACUGCAAGCAGAGCAGCUGCAAACAACAACAUUCCAAGCCCUAAUUCCAAUGUAGCAACACUUGAGGCCAACUUCCAAAAGGUUGGCCUUACUCUAAGUGACAUGGUUACCCUCUCAGGGGCGCACACAUUGGGGAAAGCUAGGUGCUCCACAUUCAGCUCUAGGCUGAAUGGAAACAGCAACUUGAACAGCCAAGAUUCCAAUAUAGAAUUCUUGCAGUCACUCCAGCAGCUGUGCUCAGAUCCCAACAGCAACACAACAUUAGCACAGCUUGACCUUGUGACCCCAUCAACAUUUGACAACCAGUACUUUGUCAACCUAAUCUCCGGCGAGGGACUACUGGUGUCCGACCAGGUCCUUGUGGCCAGAGAUGAGAAGACACGUGGAAUUGUUGAAUCUUAUGCGGAUGACCCAAUCAUCUUCUUCGAGGAGUUCAAGAGAUCUAUGCUGAAAAUGGGAAGCUUGGGACCGCUAACAAGACAAAGUGGUGAAAUCCGCAAAAACUGCAGGAUAGUUAAUCAAGUUUAGCCUAAUGAUAGCUUUGUAAGGGAAGAGAUGAUAUCUGAAG